UAAAACCUCACUGAGCACUUUAUUAGGAACACUGUACUAAUACUGGGUAUGGACUCCCUUUGCUCUCAAAAACAGCCUCAAUUCUUCAUGGCGUGGAUUCCACAAGACGCGGGAAACAUUGAGAUUUUGGUCCAUGUUGACAUGACUGCAUCACGCAAUUCCUGCAGAUUUUGCAGGUGCACUUUCAUGCUGUGGGCGCUUAGUGGUUAGCAUGUUCGCGUCACACCUCCAGGGUCGGGGGUUUGAUUCCCACCGUGGCCCUGUGAGUGAGGGGUUUGCAUGUUCUGCCGGUGCUGCGUACUCCGGUUUCCUCCCCCAGUCCAAAGACAUGCAUGGUAGGCUGAUGGGUCCAAAGUGUAUGAAAGUGUAUCCAAAUUGUAUGAAUGGGUGUGUGAAUGUAUAUGUGAUAUGUAUGUGUGUGCCCUGCGAUGGAUUGGCACCCUGUCCAGGGUGUACCCCCCCUUGUGCCUGAUGCUCCAUUUCCCCGUGACCCUGAAAAGGAUAAAGCGGUAUAGAAGAUGGAUGGAUGGAUGGACUUUCAUGCUGUUCUACCACAUCCCAAAGGGGUUCUAUUGGAUUCAGAUCCUGUGACUGGCACUGAACUCAUUGUCAUGUUCAUGAAACCAGUUUGAGAGGACUUUUGCUUUAUGACGGUGCAUUAUCAUGCUGGAAGUAGCCAUUAGCAGAAAAAGGGUAAAUUGUGGCCUUGAAGGGAUGCACAUGGUCAGCAACAAUACUCCACAACAGGCUGUGGCAUUCACGGGUUAAUGUGACCACGCCCUUUAUGAGCGAGCAGUUAAUAUGACCCCGCCCCUUAUGAACGAGCGGUUAAUAUGACCCCGCCCCUUAUGAGCGAGCGGUUAAUGUGACCUCACCCCUUAUGAGCGAGCAGGUUAAUAUGACCACGCCCAUUUAUGAGCCAGCAGGUUAAUAUGACCACGCCCAUUUAUGAGUUAGCGCAUUGACUAGUCACGCCCACUAAAGUCGAGACGGUUAGCGUGGCCACGCCCCUGUACUCGAGCAGACUUAUAUUUUGAAAUGUAACCUGUCUUCCAGCCAUUUUGAAAAUCUCGCGUUUAUGUUCCCACAUUGCAGCAUCUUUCGCGCGGUAGCUGCUUGAUUACAUCUAAAAAAACCCAAACAACCCCAGAAGUUUUCGUGUUUAAUCAGUGAUUAAUUUCAGGAUGAAUGUUAUUGAUCAUGUGCGGGACAUGGCGGCUGCGGGCCUUCAUUCUAACGUGCGGCUGAUGAGCAGCCUGCUGCUGACUAUGAGCACCAACAACCCGGAGCUCUUCUCUCCAGCACAGAAGUAUCAGCUGUUGGUGUAUCACGCUGAUGCCAUAUUUCACGAUAAAGAGUACAGAAAUGCGGCCUGCAAGUACAACAUGGCCCUGCAACAGAAAAAGGUGCUGAGUAAAACGUCUAAAGUGCGUCCAUCCAGCACAGGAGGCACGUCUUCAGUCCAAACCCAGAACUUGCCUUCGGAGAUUGAGGUGAAGUACAAGAUUGCAGAGUGUUACACCAUUUUGAAGCUGGACAAAGAUGCCAUCUCGGUUUUGGACGGGAUCCCCUCGAGGCAGAGGACUCCCAAGAUCAACAUGAUGCUGGCGAAUCUGUACAGAAAGGCUGGACAGGAACGAUCAGCGGUCACGAGCUACAAGGAAGUCCUGAGGCAGUGUCCUCUCGCGCUGGAUGCUAUUAUUGGGCUGCUGUCUCUGUCUGUGAAAGGGGCGGAGGUGGCCUCCAUGACCAUGGAUGUGAUCCAGAGUAUCCCCAAUCUGGACUGGCUUUCUGUUUGGAUCAAAGCCUACGCCUUCAUCCAUGGAGGAGAUAAUCACAGAGCCAUCAAUACAAUCUGCUCCCUGGAGAAGAAGUCUCUCCUGAGGGAUAACGUGGAUCUGUUGGUGAGCCUCGCAGAUGUGUACUUCCGAGCCGGAGACACCAAGAACGCCAUUCUGAAAUUUGAGCAGGCGCAGAUGCUCGACCCCUAUUUAAUCAAAGGCAUGGAUGUGUACGGCUACCUUAUGGCUCGUGAAGGACAUUUGGAGGAUGUGGAAGUUCUCGGUGGUCGACUGUUUAACAUCUCGGAUCAGCACGCGGAACCCUGGGUAAUAUCUGGGUGCCACAGUUUCUACAGUAAGCGCUAUUCUCGAGCACUGUACCUGGGGGCCAAAGCCAUUCAGCUGAACAGUAACAGCGUGCAGGCUCUGCUUCUGAAAGGUGCUGCUCUGCGCAAUAUGGGCCGGGUGCAGGAAGCCAUCAUCCACUUUAGGGAGGCCAUGAGGCUGGCACCGUGUCGUCUGGACUGCUACGAAGGACUGAUCGACUGUUACCUGGCGUCCAAUGGCAUCCGUGAGGCAAUGGGCAUGGCCAAUAACAUCUAUAAGACUCUCGGUGCCAAUGCCCAGACCCUCACUAUUUUGGCCACGGUGUGUCUGGAGGACCCCAUGACCCAGGAGAAGGCCAAGACCCUGUUGGACAAAGCGCUCGCCCAGCGGCCAGACUACAUCAAAGCUGUAGUGAAGAAAGCAGAGCUCCUCAGUCGAGAACAGAAAUACGACGAAGGCAUAACACUUCUGCGAAGUACACUGGCCAAUCAGAGUGACUGCAUGCUGCACAGAAUGCUGGGUGAUUUUCUAGUCGCUGUUAACGAGUAUCAGGAGGCCAUGGACCAGUACAGCAUAGCGCUGAGUUUGGAUCCAAAUGACCAGAAAUCUCUAGAGGGCAUGCAGAAGAUGGAGAAAGAGGAGAGCCCUACAGACGCCACGGUGGAGAUCGACGGGGACGACAUGGAGGGCAGCGGAGAGGAAGGCGACCUCGAGGGCAGCGACAGCGAGGCCGCGCAGUGGGCCGACCAGGAGCAGUGGUUCGGUAUGCAGUAGCGGCAGCACUGAUCUCGGAUCAGCCUCCUUCUGACUCAUAUCAUCGCUCAGCAGGAUUUCAAGAACACAAACUGAUCCUGGAUCAACACUUAACUCUGGUGGAGUUUGAGGCAUUCUGUAUAAGCCUUGCCUACAGAAAGUGUUGCAGCGCCUCCUGCAGGCUGGGAGCUGGUGUCUGCGCAGGCCUGAGCACAGAAAAGCCUGACGAAUCUGUGCGUAUACCGUUGCACCGUUCUGAAGAACAGCACUGAUGCUUGGAAACACUUUAACCACUUUGGCACUGUGUAACAAAAGCAAUGCCUUUAUAUCAGGUUUGUCUUUUGCCUUUUACACAGGUCUCGUGACUGUACACAACUCUGCUCUGCAUCAGCGCUUCGAUUUUGAAUCUAAUGGUGAUGCUGCUUCUGUUUCGAGCAGCCUGGUCACUUUUUAUUUUUAUUUUUCUCUCUUCCAGUUUUGCCAUAGCAAGAUUUCUCACAAACCAUUUUCUAAUGAAACAUGAACUUAAUAGCUCGUUUGCUCUUAGGACCCAACAGCAAAGCUUUAGUGUCAUCACAUGUGUCUCAGAUCAUUGAUUUCUCUUACUUCUCACACGAAUAAUGAAAAUACAGCACAGACUAACAAACUAUCACCAGAAUUGCUGAACACAUCACACAUAUUUCAAUAGAAACAUAUUUACUGUGGUUCAGGGUGGACUUUUCCUUUACCUUGUGCUAAUUUUGAUUUUUUUUUUUUUAAGAUGUCUUUGUGAACAGUCCCCCCCCCCCCCUUUUUUUUUCUUCUUCCCGCAUAUAGUUCCUCAUCCAAGUUUUCCCGACGUCAGUAAGUAAAGAACCGUACAGAAGAACGAACCCUUUCAAAAGAAGAAAACUUUUGUUUCCCAUCAGCGUAUUGAUCAAGUUUAAUUCAUGUAGCCUGAAGUGCUCUUUGUGGUGUUAGGUAUUUUUUAUUCUAAGGUUUCUAACAAUAUUGUGGCAUUGUGAACUGUGAAUAAUACUAUUUUUCAAUGUUAACAAAUAAAUCAUGACAUAUUCUUUA